CCUCCCUCCGCUCGCCCGCCGGCCCGCCCGUCAGUCAGGCAGGCAGUGGGUUCGAGCUGUGGUUGUCCUCUCUGUUUUUCUGACCGUCGCCUUUAGUCCUUCCCGGUUAACGGCGGCGGCUGUACGGGUCUCAGCGCAGCCCCUCGGGAGGCGCGGCAAAUAGCUGAGCGGGAGCCGCGGAGGUCAGUCCAGCGCGGCAGCGGCGGCGGCCCGGCAGCCAACAUGGCGGCGGCGGCGGCGGCGGGCGCGGGCCCGGAGAUGGUCCGCGGGCAGGUGUUCGACGUGGGGCCGCGCUACACCAACCUCUCGUACAUCGGCGAGGGCGCCUACGGCAUGGUGUGCUCUGCAUAUGAUAACAUCAACAAAGUUCGAGUAGCUAUUAAGAAAAUCAGUCCUUUUGAACACCAGACUUACUGCCAGAGAACGCUGAGGGAGAUAAAAAUCUUACUGCGCUUCAGACAUGAGAAUAUCAUUGGCAUCAACGAUAUUAUUCGUGCACCAACCAUCGAGCAAAUGAAAGAUGUAUACAUAGUACAGGAUCUAAUGGAAACAGAUCUUUACAAGCUCUUGAAGACACAACACCUCAGCAACGACCAUAUCUGCUAUUUUCUUUACCAGAUUCUCAGAGGGUUAAAAUAUAUCCACUCAGCUAAUGUUCUGCACCGUGACCUCAAGCCUUCCAACCUGCUGCUCAAUACCACCUGUGAUCUCAAGAUCUGUGACUUUGGUCUGGCCCGCGUUGCAGAUCCAGAUCAUGAUCACACAGGAUUCCUGACAGAGUAUGUGGCAACACGUUGGUACAGGGCUCCAGAAAUAAUGUUGAAUUCCAAGGGCUAUACCAAGUCCAUUGAUAUUUGGUCAGUGGGCUGCAUUCUGGCAGAGAUGCUAUCCAACAGGCCCAUCUUUCCAGGAAAGCAUUAUCUCGACCAGCUGAACCACAUUCUAGGCAUUCUUGGAUCCCCAUCACAAGAAGACCUGAAUUGUAUAAUAAAUUUAAAAGCUAGAAACUAUUUGCUUUCUCUUCCACACAAAAAUAAGGUGCCAUGGAACAGGCUGUUCCCAAAUGCUGACUCCAAAGCUCUGGACUUACUGGACAAAAUGUUGACAUUCAACCCUCACAAAAGGAUUGAGGUUGAACAGGCUCUGGCCCACCCAUAUCUGGAGCAGUAUUAUGACCCAAGUGAUGAGCCCAUUGCUGAAGCACCAUUCAAGUUCGACAUGGAAUUGGAUGACUUGCCAAAGGAAAAGCUCAAAGAACUCAUUUUCGAAGAGACCGCUAGAUUCCAGCCAGGAUACAGAUCUUAAAUUUGUCAGGACAUGGGCUCAGAGGACUGGACGUGCUCAGACAUCGGUGUUCUUCCCAGUUCUUGACCCCUGCUCCUGUCUCCAGCCUGUGUUGGCUUAUCCACUUUGACUCCUCUGAGCUGAUCAGAGGGGGCAGUUUCUGGUAGUUGUGGCUUUUAUGCUUUCAAAGAAUUCCUUCAGUCCAGAGAAUUCCUCCUGGCACCCCUGUGUGUGUCACCCACUGGUGACCUGCGGCAGUAUGUACUUUCAGUGCACCUACUGCUUACUGUUGCUUUAGUCACUUACUACUUUCUGGUUUGAAAGAUGCAGUGGUUCCUUCCGCUCCCGAAUCCUUUCUAUGUGAUGCCCUGCUAACCCAGGCAGCCUUGGCAGAGCAAGAUUCUUUCCAGAUUGGCUGCAGUCACUGGCAUCUUACUUAAUGAUAGGAAAGUCCUACAUAGGGCACUUUAAGUCAGUGACAGCCCUGAAUUUGCACUUCCUCUGUUGCCUGUAACUGUCUCCCCAGAGAAGGAGCUUGUGGAGAGCUUGGAUGACAUUGCAGUCUACACCAAGUGUUUCCACCUUGGGAACCUUUGGAAGCAUUCAUGUCUUUUCUCAUAUCAUGCUAGUCACUAACAUAUUUAAGGUAUGUACUGUUUUUCCAGAUUUUAGAAAAAACGAUCAUUUUUCUAAAUAAAAAAGUACGGCACUCACCAAUGUCAUUCUGCAAACUUACUGUGGUUACUUUUAUCAUUUAUUUAUAAAAGUAUAACAUUUGCCAAAAUGCAUUAUAUGCAGUACUUAGUGUUUGCAAGACCUGCACAAAAAGAUACGAAGUGGCAGUUGUGUACAGCGUUUGGUGACAGACUCACCAAGGUUAAAGCACUGAAUGGGGGAAAAGUUGCUGAAGAAGUAGUCAGCACACUGACCCAGUAGUCCCAGGUAGAGUGCCAUCUGCCUGGUGCACAUGUGCCCCGAGCUGCUUUACACGGUGUCUGUUUUAGUAACCACAUUCAGCACCUGAGAAUUUAGCAGAGAGGAUCACUGCAUCUUUAAAUGAGAAAGUAUACAAUCCUUUUUUCCUUCUAUAGCAUGUCAGCUUCUCAAGUUCAUUUUUCAACCUACAGUAUAACAAUUUAUAAUAAAGCCUUCAUGAGCUCAUGACAUGAAGCACUGUUCUAUUGUCAAGUACUCAGAUAUUUCUGAACUGCUGAGUUAAGAACAUCAGAAAAAGCUAGCACUAAGUCAUGUUCAGAGCUCUCUCCAUAUUUUCCUUAUCUCUUUUAAGUAUUUGUUCCUGCCACUGUGUACUGUGGAGUUGACUCGGUGUUCUGUCCCAGUGCGGUGCCUCCUGACUCCCCCACUGCUCUCUGUGGUGAGAAAUUUGCCUUGUUCAAUAAUUACUGUACCCUCGCAUGACUGUUACAGCUUUCUGUGCAGAGAUGACUGUCCAAGUGCCACAUGCCUAUGAUUGAAACGAAAAAUCUAUUGUUACCUCUGAGUUGUGUUCCACGGAAAAUGCUAUCCAGCAGAUCAUUUAGGAAAAAAAAAUCUAUUUUUAACUUUCAUUUCUCAGCUGUCCUUUUUCUUGUUUGUUUUUUUGACAGCAAUGGAGAAUGGGUUAUUACUGCUUGCUAACAUGAACAGCACUGCACUUGUAAUUCAUGGAAAUAAAUGUGCAUCUUUAUCUUCA